UUGUGAUGUAAUUUUAGAGAAUGCUGUUUCGUGCAUAAUUUUGGACAUUUAGUAGUUUUUCUCACAUUUAUUCAAAGAAAAUGUCUUUGAAAACCUUGUUCACGGCAGCAAUACAAACCUCAAGGCGAUCCUUAAACCAAAAAACAUGGGCAAAUAGUUUUCAUACCAGCAGCAUUGUUAGGAAAGCUGAAGACCGCAAAGAAAUGCUUGCCUCAAUGCCAGCCAAGGAUGAGGGUACUGCCGGUGAAAAAUCUAUUGAUAUUGAUACCUUGUUGGGCAAAAAAGAGAAAUUCUUCCCUGACGCUGGAUUGAACAAUCAACUUUUCAAUGGCUUGCCUUUCAGUGAUAUACCUAUUGCAAACAUACGAGUUUCACCCAACAAUACCAUUAUUGUGUUCACAGAUAGUAAAGGUGUUCCCCGAUUGACACAUUCCUGUGGCGUUGAAGGCUUCAAAAAUGCCCGCAAAGGUACCAAUAUUGCUGCCCAGGCCACUGCUAUAACAGUCGGAAGUAAAGCUCUCGAAUUAGGUUGGAAAACUAUUCGUGUGAAAGUUAAAGGAUUGGGACCAGGAAGGAUGUCUGCCAUUAAAGGUCUGCAAAUGAGUGGUCUUAAUAUUAUAUCGAUAACCGACAACACUCCCGUUUCUUGGAAUCCACCACGAGCACGCAAGCAAAGAAGUUUGUAAAUCUUAUGCCAAUAGUGAAACAUUGUUUAAAAAGUUGUUGUGUAAUAAAAAGGAAAACAAAAACAA